AUGAAGGAUCGUCAAGCAUCAGCUAUCCAGCCCGUCGAUGAAGACCCGAUUAAACGGGUCAACAAUAAAACGGCUGAAAUAAUAAACGAGACUGCUCAAAAUCAAGAAACCAAACAGGAGCAUAGCGGAGGAAAGCCAAAGGAGUUCAAGAAUUCCACCAGCACCAACCGGCCACCAGGCGCCUCCUCCACCAGCGCACAGCAGCCCUCCAAGACUCUCUUUGAGCAGCAGCGCGAAAUUCUCCUGCAGGAAAUUGGCGUGAGUUUCGAACAUGUACUGGCGAACAUCAACAAGUUGAAUCGCUCGCUGGAGGGGGUCAUUGCUGUAGGCAAUGAGUUCGGCUCCGUCGAGGCGCUGUGGUCGCAGUUUGAGAAUGUGAUGGCGAAAGAUCCUGACGCCGAGCCGGAAGGACAGGAUGGGGUUGAGAGAGAGGAGGGAAUUGGAGAUGGAGAGGAUGAGACGGCGACGAGUGAAGGGAGGGGGGACGGUAAAUGA